AUGUCGUUUUCUGGCCCCCAAUUAGAGCUCCUGAUUGGGAACCCCUCCAUAUGGCAAUGGAUCCUUGAGGGCGACGAGCUCCUAUUAGGCCAGUCUACUUCAGCAGAUCCAACACUAUCUCACACUCGCGGAUUUCACGACAGCGCCACAGGCGAAUUCGUCUCAUUUUAUGACCUCAAGCCCAUUGCUACCACAGUCUGUACAAUUCUGCAUCAAGAAUAUGAUGUCAGACCUGGGCAGACGAUUGCCAUCAUUAGGCAGAACUCUAUCUGGUAUCCUGCUGCAAUGUUAGCUGCGAGUCGACUAGGUGCUGUAGUUACGCUAUUACCGCCUGGCUCCAUGAAAGAUGAUCUAAUUUAUUUACUUGGAACGUCAAAGACGGCUCUUGUGUUUACUGACGAGAGCGCGGUUGAUAAAGUCACAGCCGCUUCCAAAGCACUCGGAAUACCAGCGAAGAAUGUUUUAAGAUUAGAUGGACCUGAAUAUCAGAUGAACAGCCUCCGGAACCUGCGACAGCGAGGAGAGUCAAUGUACCCUUCAUCAUACGCCAAAUCGUGGGGACCGAAAUACAACGAGCCGUCGCCAUGCGCAUUUCUUUCAUGGAGCUCUGGUACUACUGGAAAGCUCAAAGCUGUCCAGAUAUCUCACGCCAACGUCAUCAGUCAACUCCGUCAGAUCAGCGUCCUCACUCCACCAGACCGACGUCGUACUGUACUGGGUGCUCUGCCCUUUUAUCAUAUCACCGGUCUGGUCCAUUUACUCCAUCUGCCCAUCGUUCUCGAGCAGCAGAUGAUGGAGACCACUGUGAGAUUUAAAUGCGAUAAACUGUGGCUUGUACCCCCUCUAUUAAUUCGACUUUUGAACGACAAAUCGGCCCAAGGAUACGACUUGUCAUUUGUCAAACAAUUCAACACCGGUGCAGCCCCAUUGGCAGAUCAAUUGAUUUCUCGGCUUGCGAGAAAGUUCCCGACUGUUGCUGUCCGACAAGCCUGGGGUAUGACGGAGACGACUUCCUGCUUGACGGUGACUCCGCCUGAUUUAUCAACCUGGAGCAAUGCCUCAAAGGUUGGCAAGUUGGUUCCAGGUACCGAAAUACGUGUUGUAGAUCCCGACACGGGAGAAUAUGUACCAGCUGGAAAUGUUGGAGAGAUUUGGGCGAAGGGCCCCCAAGUUACUAUGGGCUGCCUGGAUCGUCCGGAGGAAACUGCCGCAUCAUAUCUGCAAGAUGGCUUCUUCAAGACGGGUGACCUUGGUUCCAUCGACAACGAAGGAUUCAUCACGAUCCACGAUCGCAUCAAGGAGAUGAUAAAGGUACGAGGACAUGCCGUAGCUCCAGCUGAACUCGAAGACCUCCUUCACGGCCAUCCUAAAGUCAAAGAUGCUGCUAUAAUUGGCAUCCCGGAUGACUACUCUGGUGAAAUGCCAAGAGCCUUUGUGGUCCUUGCAAGUGGAGUCCAGGGUGGACCAGAGGUUGUGAGAGAGUUACAGGAGUUUGUUGCGGCGAGGAAGGCAAAGCAUAAACGCUUGAGUGGAGGUGUUGAGUUUGUGGAUCAGAUUCCAAAAAGUCCUUCUGGCAAGAUUCUGCGUCGGGUGUUGAAAGCGUCAUGGAAAGAGAAGAUGGAGUCGAAAAGAGCAAAGCUGUAA